AUGACCUCGAUUUUGGCCCAAUGCGUCCCAUCUGCAAGGCCAUCUGCAGGGCUUUUGCGAUUAAUCCUGCCGGCCCUCCGGCCAAUACGAGCAAAGAGCUCCGACGCAUCCCCCAUUCCUCCUGAUUUUGCAAACACCUUCAAGCUCGACAUGAUUCCAAAACGUAGGAUAGCCUUAGCCAGCGGAUAUGGGAUGCUACAUAACCAUCGCAUUGCCGACAUGGUGCAGCGCAUGGGUCUUCGGGUUGGACACAAGCUCUACAUUUCAUUCGUCAAGGCCAGCGGGCCCGGUGGACAGAACGUCAACAAAAUCAGCUCCAAGGCAGACCUGCGCAUCGACCUCGAGGAAAUCGACUGGCUUCCCCCUGGAGUCGUAGCCAAGCUCAAGGAACAGAACAUCAACCGCCUCAACAAAAGCGGGCAGAUGAUAUUCACCUCCGACCGGCACCGCACCCAAAUGGCCAACAUGAACGACUGCAUCGAGAAGCUUUACGAAACGAUCAUCAAGGCCGGGCAUGUGGCCCUCGGUCCGACUGAGGAGAAGAUGGCCCGGGUCAAGGAGCUUCAAGAUCUCGAGAAAGAGAAGCGUCGCGAGCGGAAAGAAAAAGAGUCGAGGGCGCGGAUAAACAAAAAGCCCCGAGACAGCUGGUAGGAUCCAACAGUGGUUCCAGAAAGAAACGGGACAGUCCUCUUUCAAUCGCACAUGUAGUAAUAGGAUCGCUUGGAUCCAACGAGGCCGUUUGCAGCAAAACCUCAUCGCUUUGGAGCUUCCAAAUGAAGGCUGUGGAUCGCCGUCCAGUCUCCAUAGUCGCCUGCCCACAGCAAUCAUGUUGCAUCCUAUCUGCUCCAGUGAGAAAUAGCGCUCUUGGACACACGAAAGAUGGCCGAGUCCAGCGCACGAUGGUUUGAGCCACAUUCACAGAGAGUAAAUAUUGCCAUGCGAG